UUGAGGCGUGGUCUGGGCUUGCCCUCGCCUUGUCCGGCAGCGCCCUAGUGCAGGAGCCCCUGAGGGCAAAGGGAAGGGCACCGAGAGGUGGGGGGUGCGUCCCCGGCCGCAGCCCAGGAAUUGCUCCGCCAGACCCGAAGGCUGCCCAGGCGAGCGACCAUGGGGCUGGAGAAAGAGAAAGCGGACACCAAAAUCUUCAUGGACGAAGGCGGCUUCAAUCGGGACGGGAGUCCCGCGCCGUCCGAGACCGACAGACGGCUGGAGAAAGCGCCCGACCGGGACCCGCACGGGCUUAACAGCCACCUGAAGCUGGGCUUUGAGGACGUGAUUGCGGAGCCUGCCUCCACGCACUCUUUCGACAAAGUCUGGGUCUGCAGCCACGCUCUCUUUGAGCUCAGCAAGUACCUGAUCUAUAAGCUCCUGACCUUUGUCUUUGCCAUUCCCUUGGCCCUGGUGGCAGGGCUGCUUUUCGCUGUGCUCAGUUGCCUACACAUCUGGGUUGUGAUGCCGUUCAUAAAGUCUAUCCUUUUGAUCUUGCCACCCGUGCAAGCUGUGUGGAAGAGCUUGACAGAUGUUUUCAUUGCACCAGUGUGUCACAGCAUGGGACGGUGCUUUUCAGCAAUCAACAUACAUCUGGACCAAGAGUGAACAAUUUGGAUCCAAUGCUAUUUUAGUCUUAAGUGCUAUUAAAGUCUCCUUAUUGGUAUAAUAUAGGGACACUUAAGCAUUCAUUCCAAAGCUACUGCUGUUUAAAGGGAAUGACAUUUCCGCCCUUCAGCUGGGUUGCACAUUUAUGGGGGGCGCAAACUUUGCUUUGGGGACAGGGAAGACAUACCAAUAUUGUAACUAAAAGAUAACAAGUGAUAUUUAACAAUGUUAAGGUAAUGGUACUUCUAAUGCUUGGUUUCCAUAAAUGUGUUGUGGAUAACUAAGGAGGUCAUCUUGCGGUGUAUCAAUCAAAUUUUCAUCUAUUGUAUUACUCAAAAUCUCCUGGAAAUCAUUCUACCAAUAGAUUUGACAUAUUUAUUGAUGUUAGGCUAUACAACUCUUAGAAAUAAGAACAGAAUGUAAAGGAUUACUUUUCAAGAGUUUUCUUAUUUGAAUUCUGCUGGUCAGCAUUUCUAGCCACACAAACAGCUAGGUCUGUUCGUAUAUAGAUUCUAUAAUCUAUCAGCUUCUUGAACUGUGUAACCUCUUAGGAUACAGGUAGUCCUUGACUUACAACUACAAUUGAGCCCAACAUUUCUGUUACUAAGUGAAACAUUGGUUAAUUUUGCCUUUCUUGCCAUAGUUGUUAAAUGAAUCACUGCAGUUGUUAAAUUAGUGACA